GAGAGGAGGGAUUCCUCCAACAGAGGAGACCGGCGAGAAGGGAAGAAGCGAAAUCCCCUUCCGCCGAUUACAUAUUAUAUAGGGUUUGGAUUCGGCGAUGAUCUCGAUUGCCGGCGGAGAUGCGGCACGGGAGGACCCCCGUUCAAUUUGAUCCAGAGUUCGGCUCCGCCGCUGGUGACACUGAUGAAGGCCCGUCUCUCACACCGUCAGACGCCACCGGAUUCAUCACACGAGCUUGCGGACCAGGAGGAUUACAGAGUCAGCGAGGAGGAUUUCUGCAAGCACCUCGCUGUUUUGUCCAGCAGGCCUCGUCCCACAACCAUCGUCGGGCCCAGGAUUGACAGUGAACAGCAGCGCGAGGUCUACGAGCGCCUUGCGCUCUACCGCAUCAGAGCAUCCAAGGGCACGCGGUACCUUGACUGGGAGAAGUACUGCUCAUGGUUUACUACCUACGAAACAGAUGAAGAGUAUCUCAAGUACUUUGAAGAAAUAUCAAAGAAAAUUAAGUGGAUUAAAUGUUACAUGAAAUUUGAACGAGGAUCUCCUGAGUGGAUAGAGAUGGAAGCUAGAGGAUUUUGGCAAGCAGUGGAGAUCGCGGUAGACUUUCCACACAUGAGCUUUGAUUUAGCUUUGACUGCAUACACGGAUCAUAUUUUUAACACGAGAUUUGAUUAUUUUGACCAUGAAGAAAUUGAUCCUCUUCUUUUUGAGAUUUGGAAACGUCUCACUAAGCAAAAGAUUACAUUCAGACAGACUCUAGACCAAGUCCAGCAAGAGAACAUGUUCCCUCGACAGGAGAAGUGUAUACAAUUUGUACUGGAUAAUACUAGUAUCUAUACUCGUUUGCAAUCAACUUUUGAUACUUGCGUGGAAGACAUCUCUGAUGAGACUCCAGAGGAUGAAGGCCGCAGGUUAAUUACAAUGGCGGUUUCGAGCAAGCUUCACAAAGAGAAGACAUGGAAUGAGUAUAUUAUGAGGAAGAUAGAGAUUGCUAAACACAUUGGGUUGGAUCUCCAAGCUACAUGUAUCCGAAUUUUAAGACCCAGAAGGAUGUGGACUCUUGUUGUAGAACAAAAUAUUGUUCGGUGCCCAGAUGCACCUGGGCAUGGACAGUAAAUUCGAACUUUGAAAAGGAACACUGUUUGGACCCAAUUUUGUAUUUUUGCCUAGAGGUCCUCAAAUUUUCCAAAUACCGCGAAACUUUGCAUGCUCCUUGUGCAGUUGAGCAUUUUUUAUGCCAAAAGAGUUUAGAAUUUUGUACUUUUUUUUGGAUUUACUAUUCAUCAGGUGCAGAUGAGCUUUGGCUUGGAUGUGAAUUACGGCUUGGCUUGCAACUCAUAUCUUGGUAAAGACAAAUACUGUUGAAUGAAAUGUUAUGAUGUUC